AGCUGGCCCAAAGGGGAGGGCUUAUUGGAGAUUUUACUAGAGAACAUGCAUUCUUUUCUCAUCAGUCUGUACUUGAUGACACACUAACAGUCUCUGAGAUGGAGAGAACUGCUUUCUGUUACUGCAUCCUUGGAGACCACCUGAAGCCCAGCAGAAUGUAGAAGAGGAAUAAAGUGACGGAUAAGGGGAUUUAGAGUUUUUUAGGGAAGUUUUAUGGGGAGGAGGCCUUCAGCAUCCUGAAGUUACACACUGCUCUUGCCCCCGUACACAGCUUUUCCGUGUGGACUAGUCUACUUUCUGCCAAUUUCCCAAUUCAGCCACACACACACACCCCCCACUGAAGUUGAAGGGAACCCAAUACUCCUCUCAAGCACUGUCUGAAAUUAGCCUUGUCUGGGCCCAGCACAUACACUCUCCACACCCUUGUUCUCUGAGUGCCCUGCCCUGUGAUGUCAUCUGGGCGGGGCACUUGUGUUGCCUGAAGUUAUUGUGUGCUAACUGCUGACAGGGGUCUGGGCUAUUGUGGCCCCUAGGUUGGCUCAUACAGCACUAGUGCUGUGGAGCGGACGGCAGCAGGGGAGCUGAGGUCUCCUGAAGCCCGAGGCUUUGUUAUGAUGGAAAGGAUAUUUGGAUCCUGGGGUCUGAAGUGUUGGCCAUCUUUGAGCCCCUUCAGUAACCAAUGUAGUGUCCAUCCCACUAACAUGGAGGGCGACUGCUGGGGAGUCAACUUGCAGGCCCAGUACCAUAUCUGAAGCAAAGAUGUCAGAAAGAUCCACAUGGCUGCUAGUAAGGGCAAAGUAGCCAGAGUGCAGCAGAUACUGUUUAUGGGGAAAAGUGACUUAAAUGACACGGACAAGAAGAACAGGACUGCUCUGCAUUUGGCCUGCGCCAACGGCCAUGCAGAAGUGGUAACUGUCCUGGUACAGACAAAAUGUGAGCUUAACCUCUGUGACAACCUAGAGAGGACACCCCUGAUCAAGGCCAUGCAAUGCCAGCAAGAGGAAUGCGCAUGUAUUCUUUUAGACCAUGGUGCCGAUCCCAAUGUGAGUGACAUCUAUGGCAACACUGCUUUACACUAUGCAGCUUGUGGUGAGCGUGUAACAACAGUGGCACAGCUCCUUUCGCACAAUGCAGACAUCCAGGUGAACAACGAGGAAGGCUUCACACCACUUUUGCUUGCUAUAAGGCAAAGAAAGUAUGAAAUGACAAAGUAUUUACUAACUGAAGGAGCAAAUGUACAUGCUGUUGAUAACAAUAAAAGGAUGAAUCACAGAAGAGAUUACAGCAGUGGAGAUAGAAGUAUAAUUCUUCAUUUAGAAUGCAAAUGGGACUCUGAAUUAAAGAUCUGGAAUUUCAACUCUCCAAAAACGUUUCUCAAGAAGAUUCUAUUAAAGCUGAAUUGGAGAAAUAUAAACAAUUAUACUGAGAAGAAGUAAAUACCAGCCUGUCAUUGGCAAAUCAACU